ACCAAAACUAACUUAAUGCUUUUAUGAUCUUUCGUUUAAAAAGACUUCGAGGGGAUCCGCCGAUGUUUGGAAACGCCCAAUGAAAAGCCUUUAUUUCUUGGCGUCACAAAGCCACGCUCCAAUCACGGUUUUCUCCAUCCCAUCAGCCACUGCGGUCUCUGAGCGUCGCUUUAUGAGUUCAGAGGAAUCAUUCCCACUCGAGACGGACGAGAGGAACCUGACUGGAGUCACACAGCGGGAGUUCGGCUAACACGGUUUGACACGGCACAAACAUGAGCACUUCAGUGAGUUGUAAACUGAAUAAAGGUGUGAAACAUCAGUACAUGGAUCUGUGUCCGGAUGAUCAAGUUCAGCUGAUGUACAUCUGGAUUGACGGAAGUGGAGAAGGAUUGAGAUGCAAGAGCAGAACUCUGGAUUCUCAACCCAAAACCCUCGAAGAACUCCCCGAGUGGAACUUCGACGGCUCGAGCACGUAUCAGUCUGAAGGAUCGAACAGCGACAUGUACCUGAUUCCUCGAGCCAUGUUCAGAGAUCCCUUCAGAAAAGAUCCCAACAAACUGGUGCUGUGUGAUGUUCUCAAAUACAACCGCAAACCUGCAGAAACCAAUUUGCGUCGCACGUGUGAGAAGGUGAUGGACAUGGUGCGGGAUCAGCACCCGUGGUUUGGCAUGGAGCAGGAGUACACUCUUCUGGGCAUGGACGGUCGUCCGUUUGGAUGGCCCGCCAACGGUUUCCCCGGCGCUCAAGGGCCGUAUUACUGUGGUGUGGGAUCUGAUAAAGCUUACGGACGAGACAUCGUGGAGGCACAUUAUAGAGCCUGUCUGUAUGCUGGAGUGAAAAUCUGCGGCACCAACGCUGAAGUCAUGCCAUCACAGUGGGAAUAUCAAGUCGGCCCGUGCGAAGGCAUUGCGAUGGGAGAUCACCUGUGGAUUUCCCGCUUCAUCCUGCACAGAGUUUGUGAAGACUUUGGUGUCGUGGCCUCUUUAGACCCCAAACCUAUGACGGGCAACUGGAACGGCGCCGGCUGUCACACCAACUUCAGUACCAAAGACAUGCGAGAGGAAGGAGGAUUGAAACAUAUUGAGGCAUCCAUUGAGAGGCUGUCCAAGAGACACAAGUACCACAUCCGUGUCUACGAUCCUAAAGGAGGUCUGGAUAAUGUCAGACGCCUGACCGGCCAUCACGAGACGUCAAGCAUCAAUGAUUUCUCUGCUGGAGUGGCUAACCGUGGCGCUAGCAUCCGAAUCCCACGACCUGUAGGUCAAGAACAGAAGGGAUACUUUGAAGACCGUCGUCCGGCUGCCAACUGCGAUCCGUACGCCGUCACUGAAGCUCUCGUACGCACGUGUCUGCUUAAAGAAGACACUGAAGAGCCUGUGGAAUACAAGUGAUUUCUUAUGGCACGGUUGAGCAAAGAAGGCGGUAAAAAUAAAUCUGCAUUGUUUCUCCUUUUGAACUUUUAAUGAAAUGUUGGAAUAUUGUACUUUUUAUUUUUAUAUAAAGUCAAGCAAUUUGAAGUAGGGGGAAUAUCACAUGAGAAUUUUUUUCUCUAAUACACCCUGGUCACAAUUAUUGGCACCCUUGUAUGCAAAACUUUCUGCAAACUCGAUUUGCAUGAAAAAUGGCUCGGAGUAGUUUCUUUUAUGUCUGACGAGGUUUGAGAAUAUAUGGCAAGUCAUCGGGGUCCAUUCCUUCACGCAGAAUCUCUUCAGAUCCUUCAAAUGUUGGUGCUCUCUUAUGUUCAGUUCAUCCACUCGUUCUCUCUAGGGUUCGGAUCAGGGAACUGGGAUGGCUGUGGCAGGAUCUUGAUUUUGUGUUCAGUGACCCAUUUUUAUUGGUGUUGAUGUUUAUUUUGAACCAGUGUGCUGAUGGAAGAUCUAACCACCACCCAUUAUAAGAUUUCUAGCAGAGCAAGUCAGGUUUUGAUUUAUCUGUUGGUAUUUGAUAUAAAACACGAUGUCGUGAAUCUGAUCCAGAUGAUCUGGUGACAUUAUGAAAUGCUUUCUGACCCCCAAAAUUCAACUGAUUACUGCAAUUUUCCAUUUGAACUCUUUGAAGAGUCUUUGGCCACUCAAAUUCUUCUCCUAGUUGUGCAUUGAGACAAUAUAGACACAUGUUGGAAAUUAGUUUUUUUUAUUGUUUUGACUAUUUCCUUACAACCAUUUUGUGUACAGUAGCUCAACAGAACUGUAGAGCUAAGAAACUCUAAAUAUCAGUAUCCGUAGGGAAAUACUUUACUUUAGGGAGGUAAUUUACUCAUAAGAAUUUCUAAGGGUGCCAACAAUUGUGACCAGGGCGUAUUAGAGAAUUGUUUGACUUUAAUGAAAUGUUGGAAUACUUCCGAUUUUUUUUUUAAAGAUCAGAAGGUGAAACAAUGCAAAUGUAUUUUUUUUGCUCAUGUUUUACUCCAGUUGCUAAAUAUGUUCAUGUAGUGAUUUCUUCUAUUUCUGCCACUAUGGCAUUUCUGCGCGGUCUUGGUUAAGGUUGAUCUGGGUUUUUAUUUUUAUUGUUUUUUGUGUGUUCAACUUCAAGUAAUAUAGACAUUGUCGUGCAUCGCAACUUAUUUCUUCUCACUUUUCAUGUUUCGUCCAUUUUCUCUGCUGCUAAAGAAACUCAAGUCUCGUAAAAGUCCUCCUCGCUACUCCUCUUAAGGUCCAUUCCAACGUGUGCAUAGGAAAGAUAUCAUUUACACAAAUUCAUAGGUGAAGUAGAUGUGGGUGCUUUCCUCUUUAAUGGGUAAUAGCACGGGUCAACAUCACUUCCCGCUUCCCUCUCCGCUUUGAAACCGCAUGGGAGAGGUGGGUUUUCUUUAGCAUUCUAUUAUUAUAGUCUUUGUUAUUUUUAUUUGCAUAUUUGAUGUGAAAUGGUAUUUGAUUUACCUGAGCGGUCAUUCUGGCCAUUGUACCUCGUUUGCAUUAUGUCUAUACGGGAACAUUGUGAUCGGUGUUUGUAUUUAUUUUAUAGAAAGCAUUAAGGGCAAUUCACUCUUAUUGGGGGGUAAAAUAAAAGAUCCAGGUAAAAGCA